AUGGACUUUGAUGAGCUCGAAGAGCAAGAGAAGAAGCGAGGGGCGGACUCUCAGCAGGAUGGACUCGAGCAGGGCUUUUUGCGUGCAGCUGGGGCGAGGACCUUCGAGGAGCUGCGAGACAGGAGGCAGCUCGAGAUUGCCUCUGUGGAAUUGCUUGAACUUCCAUCUCGAAUUGGGGACCUCGGAGGCUUGGAGAUCCUCCGGCUGAACCGGUCACAACUUCAAUGCCUUCCCGUGAGCAUAGGCAAGCUCUCCGGCCUCCGACUCCUUGAUCUUUCAGCCAACUGCAUCGAGGUGUUGCCAGAAGCAAUCCUCAACUUGGCAUCUUUGACGCAUCUCAACAUCUCCGAAAACAAGCUUGGCCGGUUGCCGUCUCCUCUUGGGCAGUGGAGGAGUUUGCUUGUGCUGAAGGCAACGAAGAACUUGCUGUCAGAGCUGCCAGAGGGCUUCGAAGAUUUGCCGUUGCAGGAAUUGGACGUCACGCAGAAUCGGCUGCAAAUUCUGCCAAACUCCAUUGGGUGCUUGCAAGGGCUGUGCAGCCUUUGGGCCGCAGGAAACCAGGUCACGCAACUGCCGCCAGACAUUGGGAAAUGCUCCUCUCUCAGAGGCUGUCAGCUGGCGCACAACAUGCUGGAGGCUUUGCCUCUCGAAAUCUGCACCUUGACGACUUUACAACACCUGGACAUUGCCCACAACUGGAUCAUGGAAUUGCCGACAGCCCUCGGCAACCUCACUUGUUUGCAGACGCUGGACGUGGGCAACAACUGCAUCGUGUCACUCAGUUUCGGCGUGAUGCCAUCCUUGCGCAAGCUGAUCGCGCCAAACAACAGGAUCGAGCGGCUCCCAGUGCGAUUCGCAGAGUUCCUGGCAUUACACACCUUGGAUUUGCAGGGAAAUCCCAUAUGUCAGGUGUUGCAUCAUGCAAGCAAACACCCAGAUUGGCUAAGCCUUUGGCUGCUGAAAAGCGCGGGCGCGUUGCGGAGCUUGCCGGGCCUGCAGGAGCACGUGCCUGACAUGCUCAGUGAUGGGAAGCUGUCACUGUCUGGGUGGCAGCUGCGGGAGUUGAACUCCACUUUGACACACCUGCGGGGGGUGAAGAACAUCGACGUCGCAAACAACCGAAUCACAACGUUGCCGGACCUGGGCGGCCUGACAGGCCUCGAGUCAUUGCUGCUGUCGCAGAACGAGCUGACGAAGCUUCCAGAGAUCGGCGGCCUGCACUGCUUGCAGCAGUUGGAUGCAUCCAGCAACAAGCUGCAGGAACUCCCGCCAGGCUUCGCCUGCCUGAGAAGUCUGCGCAAGCUGGACUUGAGCAAGAACUGCCUCACCAUGCUGCCUGAUGGAUUGGGCGGACUUCUGUCUCUAAUUCAUGCAGACUUUGCGAUGAAUCGGCUGCUGUCACUUCCAAGAGAUUUUGGAAGCCUACCAGCUUUGAAGUGGCUAAGCUUGGCCAGCAACGAGCUGAUGGGCUUGCCGACGAGUUUCAAGCAGCUGCGGCAGCUGACAGAGCUUCAUUGCGAAGGAAAUCCGCUUGCUUCGAUGCUGGUGCAAAUGGAAGAGAUGCCCGAACAGCGUGUACUUUGGGAGCUGAAUCAAUGGGGUCGGUUGGCAACCAUCAAACUACAAGUCCAACAGAGAGGACCGGUCCCAGAUGGCCUUGUUGCGUGGAGAUGGGUGUCAGCCGUGUCAGCAACGGCAUAUCCGCCACGACAAAAAAACUCUACGCCCAGCCCUUGCGGGUACGGAGGAGGUGCGGGUGCGACACCGAUGGCAGGCAGCAAGGCAUUGGCAGGUGUGCCAGGGGUGCCGAUGGACGAGGCCGCGGAGGCGGUGCGCGGCCUGCGCUCGCGCCUAGACUCUGCAGGAGAUGGAAAUGAGGCACAAAGGUUGCUACGACAAAUGUUUCGAGAAUGGCACCCCGACAAGCGCACCGAGGCAGAGCAGCAGCUGGCCACGCGCGUGUUCCAAUGGCUACAAGACGCGAAAGCGCAUUAUUCCCAGUGA